AAUAGCGCAACAACAGCGGCGAUUAUCUAAGCAGCUGCUCAUGCCCAGCAAAUGAAGAGAAGGGUGUAGGCAUGGCACAACGCAGCGUGCCACUAGGACAAGCGCUCUUCAAGGGAAGAGCCUGGGGCGGCCUCCAGCUGCCCUUGAGCCUGAGGACCAAGGGUAGGGCGAUGAGGUGGACCAACUAAGAACAAGCGUCCCUCGCAAGGCAGGCACUCCCAUGCAUUCACAGCAUUGCUUAGAUUAAAUGAUGCACGUUGCUGGAUGACUCAUCCCCCGUGUCACCGGAUGGGCUCAGCCCCGGCGAGAGGGCGGACAGGAGAGGCCACGGGCGAGAUCCGGGAGAAAGACCCGACCCCAGCGCUGGCCGCCUGCGUUUUCCUCUUUCCCGGGUGCUGGAAACCUGCCCCGCCGCGUUUUGCUGCAGCGACAACGAGAGUCCGAGAACGGCCCCGUUUCCCCGCCCGCCCCGGAAAGGGCCGUGCUGCCGCGCUCUGCGCUGCGCUGCGCAUCCCUGCGCGGUACCGGCCCCGGGAGCGGCCAUGGCGCUGCGCUGGUUCUGCGCGGUGCUGCUGGCGCUGCCCGGCGUGUGGGGUGACUGCGGGUGGCCGCCGAGGUUUGACUUUGCGGAGGCCCCCGUGCCCUUGAAGGAGUCCUACGCCGUGGGGACCGUGCUGAAUUACAAGUGCCGCCCGGGGUACACGAUGGCCAGGGACAAGUUGCCCCGCGUCACCUGCCUCUCCUACUCCAACUGGUCGUCAGACUCCGACUUCUGCAUCGGAAAGUCGUGCGGUCCACCGGACAUUGCGAAUGGCAUCUUUCACUACACGACCGACCUCCUGUUUGGGGCGACGAUAACCUACACCUGUAAUGUUGGGUACCGAUUAGUUGGGAAGCAGUCCGCGCGAUGCGAACUUAAAAACAAUGAAGUUUCUUGGGAUAACACUCCAUACUGUGCCAUUAUUCCCUGUUUGCCACCUCCUGAGAUCAAGAACGGGCAGCUCAUCAACAGGGACAGAGACUUCACCUUUGGCAUGGCUGUAACUUACAGCUGUAACAAAGGUUUCGCUCUCAUUGGAAAUGCCACGAUUCACUGUACGACGGAUGGGGAAUUCCAGGGAAUAUGGAGCAGUCCAGCCCCUGAAUGCAAAGUGGUCAGAUGUAAAAAUCCAGAAGUGAAAAAUGGGAGAAGGUUAUCUGGCUUGGGCACUGAGCACACGUAUGAAAAUACAGUGGCCUUUGAGUGUAAUCCUGGCUAUUUAUUGAAUGGUAGUAGUGUAGUUACUUGUGAAGCAGACAAUACCUGGAAGCCACCUCUGCCAACAUGCGACCCCAUCUACUGCGGUCCUGCUCCACACUUCCCUUUCGCUGAGUUAACAAGGGCUGUGGGUGACAGCUCUCUUGCUGGAACUACGCUGACGUAUCGGUGUAAACCGGGUUAUACUACAGCAAAUGGAAAGUCCUCUGUUGUCACUUGUCUGAGUGAUAGAACUUGGUCUGCAGACCCAGACUUCUGUAUACGACAGCAAUGUACUCCUCCCACGAUAGAGAACGGGGAUGUGAUUGCAGAGAAUUUCCUCUUUGAGACAGUUGUGACAUUCAUCUGUCAUCCUGGGUAUGAAUUAAAGGUAUCAUCCACUGCCAAAUGUGUGGUAUUGGGAGAUGGAGUUGAUUGGGAUACAGCAUCUCCACACUGUGAAAGACAGCUCCCUGAUGUUCUCUGUGAAGAGCCCCCCACGAUUGCCAACGGGAUGCACAACGGCACAAAGGGCGCAAACUUUGUGCAAGGCUCUGUUGUAGUUUAUAAAUGCAAGGAUGGCUUCACCCUUGCUGGAGCGGCCUCUAUUCACUGUGAAGUGGAUCAUCAACACCAUGGAGUUUGGAGCAAGCCUAUUCCUGAAUGCAAAGCUGAUGUUCCUCCUGUGGGACAGCUCCCUGAUAUUCUCUGUGAAGAGCCCCCCACGAUUGCCAACGGGAUGCACAACGGCACAAAGGGCGCAAACUUUGUCCAUGGCUCCACUGUAGCUUAUAAAUGCAAGGAUGGCUUCACCCUUGCUGGACCGACCUUUCUUCAGUGUAUGGCAGGAGAUCAAUACCAGGGAGUCUGGAGCAAGCCCACUCCUGAAUGCAGAGGUGGAGCGAACUUGAUCAUUGUUGGAAUCUUCCCCCUCCUCCUGGCCAUGCUGGUUAUGAACGUCUAGAUGAGGGAAUGGGCACAGCAGGGAGGCACCUGUAGACCUGUUGGACUUGGUCACGCUGAUCCUAGUGCUCUCUCCUGUGAAAUUGGCCUUGAAGCAGCAACCAACAGACCUUGGACGACAAAACCCAGCCGCUCCCUGCCGGGAAGCGCUCGUGCUUUUGGCUGCAGCAGCUGCACGUUGCUUUGGACACAGCAGCUCGUGCACGGGGCUGCGCUGGGACGGGCAGCGCUCUGCCACCCAGGUGAGAAUGCUGUCCAGAAAUCAAAGUCAAGUGCAGUUAUAGCCCCAAGUUAAGUCGCGAUGACACCAAAGACCUUCACGCUGCAAUAGAAUAGGCUCAAGAAAAUCGGGCACUUUGGGGACCUCCACGUGUUCGGUUUUUCAGCCCCACUAAGGUCAUGUUAUGCCUGGUCCUGAUCAGGAUUCGGGGGUUUCUUAAGUGUCCCGAGGUGGAAAGUGCUGCCGCUGCUGAGAGGGUUAACGGUGAAUGUCUUCGUGUGAGUGAUGUAUGCUUGAAAAAAUUAAGUUUGAUACAAAAAGGAUAUGUAAUUAAGGGUAUUAGCUGUAGGUACUGAAAGCACUGAAAAUGUUCGUACAAAAGUGCAGCUGUAGCUGUUACUUCAAGCAAGUCUGAACCAUUGUGCAAAUAGCAAUCAUUACAGAUAAGUAAUUUUACUGGAGAGGAAAAAAAAUUAAAUGCAAAGUUCUUAUUACAGAGAACUACUAUUCUGACUCUUCCUGUAUGUACUAAAAUGAGUUUUAAAAUUCAGCUGAAGGUCUCUGCCCUGGCACUCUUUGCAUCAUGUGAAGGCUUUUCCACCUUGCAGAAACAUCCUUUCUGUAUCCGCGGUGACUCAGUGCUUCUCUCGAAGUGCCGAAGCUUUCAGUGGGCUGAAAGCCCCAGGAGGAACCAGCUGGGUGGGUGCUCGGGGGCAGCGGAGCUUGUCCGCAGGCAGGUGGUGUCGGGGCCAAAUGCAGAACUUGCAGGUGUCUUGGCAGAUGCCACCAAACAUCAGAAAGUUGCUGCGUGUGAACCUUUUCACUUUCUGCUCAAAAAGAUUCAGGGAAUCGCUGUCUGAAGUUGCACUUAAAAGGCUUUUUCAGGUGAUGCUGUGCACCCCGACCCCAGCUCAGCCCCGGGAUGCCUGCGAUGCCGAGGGAGGACAAGCAGGUUUUCGGUCUCUCGCCCUGCUCGCGGCAGGGCUGGGGGGCGGCUGCACAGGGCGGCUGUUGCUCUGACGCUGCACCCAAAGUAGGCGCAGAUGUGUAUCAAGCCAAAGCCUUAAUUUACUCCUCCGUGGGGAACAGGACGCAAACCCCCGCAUCUUUGUGCACUUUGCGUUCACCCUGUCUAACCUGAGCUAGCUCAUCGUUGUGUCGAGGACAGGUUUGCGAGGGUGGAUGGGGGCGCGUGAGGCAGCCUGCUGUCCCCAACUCGAGUCAGGCUUUGGCAGUGCCAUGAGGACAGCUCAGGUGAUGGGACCUCGCUCACCUUGGCUAAACCAAAGACACAGGCGAAAGUCCCCUUGCUUUGUUUGGCCAAUAGAAACCCCACGCUGUGGUCUUGGUGUCCUUUCCUGGCUUUACUCAGCCCUGUUAAAUGAUCAUUUAAUAAGCUACAGGGGUAUGUAGCAUCUCCUAAAAUGAAGUAAAGGUUUGGAGGCUUCCUGGGAAUCCUAUUUAUAAGGGAAACAAAACUGUGACAGGAUUUAAACUUGUAUUCAGCUAUUGCCUGACUCCAGCUGAGACACUAGGACUUCAGCUGCUGGUAAGGCAAGAUCGUGAGGUUCGGGGUGUUGUUGGAUGCAGAGGUGAACGACCCGUCUGUGAGCCACUCAUAACGCACAGUUGGGAAAAGGAAGUAUUCGCAAUGUGUCUAUUACGUACUUUUUGUUUCUGCAUUUUUGCCCGUAAUUUCCUGUUAACAGGAACAUGCAUCUAAUUAGAGAGAAAAACACAAUUAGCCAUUUCCAUCAGUCUUGUUCCAAAUAGAGCCACAGAGUUCUCCCUUCCCAGCAGAGCACCAUCCUGCUCAGCUGUCACUGGGGCACUGCGAGACACUUUUCGGAAGCCAGUCGUGCAGAACAAGCACUUGCAGAUUGUUGGUUAUUUUUAUAUGUCUCUUACCGCAAGCCAUGUGAGGGACUAGAUGAACAAAACACAAAUGUAAAGCCUCGUAGCUUAGUGUUGCAUUCUGUUUUGUUAUUUUAAUCCCAGCACAAUUGUUCUCACUACAUGGUCCAGAGUGGUUUUUCCAAAUGAUUUAACACCUGAUUUGGGGAUCAGCUUGAAAUGAUCUCCCCGCAACCAAAUGGAAGUUACUGUGAAUGCUGUGACGUAGCUUAUGGCUGCGGUCACCAAAAUUUACUGCCUGUCUACUGUGACUGUAAUUGAGUUGUACAUAAUUUUACUUUAUAAUCUGAGUGUAAGCAACCCAGUGCAAUUCUGAAGUAUAAAUGUUGGAUAUGUAAAUAUUGGAAGCUCUCUGUCAAUAAAAGCGAUAAAAAGACAU